GUAAAUUUUAUGUACUUUCUGUAAGUUACAUUCAUUAAAAUAUUCGCGUUGGAAUAAUGCUUAGAAAUAAGACAUAAAAAUAUGGUAGAAAUGUUUUUAAAAGGCGCUUUUGUAGAAUAAGGACAUUUCACUGGACACCGAUAAAAUCAAUCUACUUCAUGAAUAUACUCAGAAUUAUAUAAUACUGGCAUACACUGUGCUCCACGAUAUAUGUACGUUAUAAAUGUAACAAGUAUAGUCAACUUAUAUAUAUUCUUUCAGCCUGUAGCUGCAGCUGAUGCCACAUUUCACGUGUCUUUAGCCUCCCUUGGUUCAUCGGUUGCUGAACCCGAUGAUGAAGAUGAACAGGAGGAUGAAUCUAUGCCUGUAGCUGCAGCUGAUGCCACAUUUCACGUGUCUAUAGCCUCCCUUGGUUCAUCAGUUGCUGAACCCGAUGAUGAAGAUGAACAGGAGGAUGAAUCUACAUCUGCACCUGAUGAUCAGUCAUUUAAUGCUGAUGGCUCUUAUGCAAUACCAGACCCAGUUCAGGAAAUGUCCAUCCAAGAAGAUGCCAUUGAGGAUAUACCUCAGCAAACUGAAGAUCCUCGGCCGGAGUACCAGAUGAUUGACUGUGGUACCAAACGAGGGAAGCAGAAACUUAUAGACAAAAGGGGAUUCCAGUACACAUUGAGGAGGACAAAAGGAGAUAACUAUGCAUACUGGAGGUGCAACAAGAGAGGGAAGACUCAACCCUGUCCAGCCACAGUAAUUCAGCGGGGAGAUGACUUCAAUGAGGGAGGGAAGAAACACAACCAUCCGGCAGAGCCAGGAAUUCAUCUAGCUGUGCAAAUAACAAGCAAGGUAAAGCAGAGUGCAUCUAUGAAUAUCUUCACUCAGUCAGCCCCAAGGAUUGUAGAGGAGGCGAUGGCAGAGACAGGUGAUAUUGAUGCUCCUCCUGCCAGCAGACCAAAACCAUCCAACCUGAUUAUAAUAAUAGGAAUAAUUGGCCCUUUUUUCUUCGAAGACACCGAAGGCGAUGCAGUGACGACGUUGAACUUUUGA